GUAGAGCUGUAAUUAACUACAUGAGGUAAUGAAAAUGUCAUGAUGCUGCCCCGGACAUCGUCAUCUCGGCGGCGGAGAGCGUCAAGAAGCGCAGCCACGUCCCCACAGACGCGCUCCCCGCGACCUUCCGCGCAGCCCUCUCGACGAGCCUCAUUGGCUACCACAGAAACUGAUGACGAAACCGAACCAAUCCCACAAAGAAGCCCCAGAGCGAGUCUAGCGCCCGAUGCCGCGUUAGACAUGUACCAUCGAAGUCCGAGACACUCUCUCGUACCGGAGACAAGAUCCGCCCGAAAUUCUAUCGUACCGGACACGGCAUCACAAAUCAGAAACACUCUAGCGCCUACCAGAAACAACUUAGGAGUUGAUUUAGCAUACGGCUCCAGAUUAAGUCUCAAUCCGCAGGAUUUUAACAGAAGUCCAAGGAACAGUAUUACUCCAGAUGUAACCGCGCGGAGCCCUCGACGUAGCUUAGUACCAGAUGGCACAUCAUGGAAUCAACCUAGAAAUUCCCUCGUCCCCGACGUGGGAAGAAGUCCAAGACAUUCGGUUGCAUGUAUACAGAUUGAUCCAGCGCGCAGCCAGAAAGAAUUGGGUCCAAGUCCACGAACGAGUCCCAGAGGUAAUAUAGGACAGGAUACAGCUUUUAAAAGUAACGAGUGUUCUGACUUUGUUAGAACUCCUCGCGGCUCUUUGAUACCGGAAUGUCAGAGAAGCCCACGUGGAAGCAUCGCACCCUCGGAGAGGAGUGCCAGAGGAAGUUUGGUGGCGGGAGAAUUGGACGCCUCUAAAGUCAGCCCCAGAGGAAGUCUCACAUUAACAUUUCAAGAACCAUUGGUAUCAAAGGAGAGAAGACCGAGUGAAGAGAGCCAAUGUGCAGCAACAAGAGGCCGCAGUGUAUCGCCGUACAGAGCAUCACUGAGCGGCCGACACAGUGGAACUGGUGCUCUCUCUGACACUGGCUCUAGGAGAGCUUCAAGUUCUGUCAGUCAAGUGUCCGGCGAUGAACAGAGGCGGCUUUGUGGGGAACAAGCAAAGUACAGCGAGAGAAGUGGCAUGGGCUUGGGUGUUGGUCUCACAACUUACGGUUCAGUUGCGUACCAACUAAAAGAUGCAAAUAUGGAAGCCUCCAGUACUGUCGAUUUUGUUUGCAGAGCAGCUAAAAUUAUGAAUAGAACUAUUCUGAUGACAGUAUUUUUGGCCAUACUUUCUGCGUUGCCAGUUAUUAUGCUCAUAAUGGGUGUGCAGUACAUUCGAGACUGCCCCGCGGAGCCGCGCAUCCCGGUGUACAUGAUCGUGGGGGGUGCAGCGGGUGGCGCCGGUAUCUGCUGGCUGCUGUGGGCGCAGCUCGUCAGUAGAACCUCCAACUCCCCGGCCAGCGUGCCUGAAAGAGUCCUGGCUUACACCCUCACUGUCUUUCUGAUGGGAUGGUUCGCGUUCGGCAACUACUGGACGUUGGGCAUUCUGUGGCCAGACUACGCUCCUACGCUGUUUGAGCCCAACCAGUGGUGCCACCGCACACUGUAUGUGUUCGCCAUCGCGCAGCUCGCCGUCGUCUGGGGAAUCAUUUUGUUGAUUUUCUUGUUGUUGUUGACACUUGUCAUAUGUCAGGUGUUCGGUUGUGGUUGGCUGGGCCCGGCGCGGUACAAGUAGCAGCGGCGCAGCGUGGUGCUCGAGCUGUGGCACAGAAACAUCAACAACACGAUGGACGUGGCGGGUGCGUUGUUGCCCUUCACACAGCUCGUGCGCUCCGACCUCACCGUGCACGUGCAGGAGGUCCUUACCCAGGCCACGCAGCCACCCUCUGCUGCAGACCUGCACAAACCUAAGAUACCUGAGAUAAAAGAACCAAGUGAUAGAAGUGACGAGGACAUGAAAAGUCCAGUUAAAGUGGGUGACGAAGGGAAUGUGGAAGGUAAGAACGGCAGGCGCGGCAGCCCGGCCUGAUGGUUGUUGGUUGUUCUGCCGCCGCACAGGAAGAAGCACGUGCAUUUCGAAGCAACGGACAAAAUAUACUACUUUUGAUAUCUAAGUGAUAUCGAAGUUGUUUGA